AUGUCGAGCUCUGCAACGUCUGCGCGCGCCAUUUUGAGUGCGGCCCUCCCUGGCCAGGUCACUACGCCCAAUGACCCCCGAUACAAAGCCGAGCAAGAAGUUCCGUGGUCCCCAACAUGCUGGCACCCAGCCGCGUGCUUCGUGCAUCCCCGCACGCCCGCCGAAGUCUCUCUGGUACUGAAGACCGUGCGAGAGACAAGGUCCAAAUUCGCCGUCCGCGGCGCGGGCCACAACUGCAACCGCAACGUUGCCGGCGUCGACGCGGGGGUCGUGAUUGACACGCGCGAGCUGAACGCGGUGUCCUUCGACAAGGCGAGCGGUGUCGCGAAGGUAGGGGCUGGGUGUAGGUGGAGCCAGGUGUACGCUGUGCUUGAGGAGCAUGGCGUCACGGUUACGGGGGGGCGCCAGAGGGAUGUGGGUGUGGGGGGGUAUUUGCUUGGAGGAGGCCUUGCUGCUUUCUCAAACCUCUAUGGCUUGGCGGUUGAUCGCGUUGUGAAUUUUGAAGUGGUUCUUGCAGAUUCGACGAUAGUGAACGCCAACCAGGAGGACAAUCCAGACCUCUUCCGUGCCCUCAAAGGCGGCGGGACCAACUUUGGCAUCGUGACCCGAUUCGACAUCAAAACAUACGAGCUCAGAGCCCAAUACACCUUGAACCUCUACGACCCGUCCGACUACGAAAACCUCUUUCGCGCGGCCAUCGAAGCACAGGAAGCCAUGGAAACCGACCCCAAGCACGGCAUGUUCCUCGCCUUCUACCGCGAAAUGGCGUUUGCGGGACUCUUAUACGCCGACUGGGUCUCCGAGACGCCGAAAGGGUACCGGUCCUUCUUCGACACCAACAGCUUGAAAACUUCCCUCGCGCCGACUACGAACGGUACCCAGAAGUCGCUCGUGGAUACUAUUGGCCCUGCCAGCCAGCUUAGACGCCAAUGCUACACCGCGAGCACCAAAGUAUCUUACGACCUCUACCUCGCCGCGCACAGGCUCUGGCUGGAUAAACUGAAUAAGUAUCCCGAGGCUGGAAACUUGUUCUACGCGUUCCAGCCAAUCUCGAGCUCUGUUUCGAAGAUAGGAAAGGCUCGGGGAGGGAAUGCAAUAGGGAUUGAGGAGGUGGCACAGACUUGGUGGGCCUUCUGCGCCGAGUGGUCCGACGAGGCGAACGACGCGGUCGGCGCGCAGGCCGUGAACGAGUUGGGCUCGGAGUUCGAAGCGCUCGCCAGAGAGCAAGGGCAGCUGCUUGACUUUCUGUUUAUGAACGACGCCUCGGCUGCACAGAACGUGUUGGGGGGCUAUGGCGCGGAGAAUGCGAAGAGGUUGCGGGAGACGGCGAAGAAGUACGAUCCGGAGGAGGUCUUCCAGAAGCUGCAGAAUGAUGGCUUUCUUAUACGGAAAUUGCUAUUGGAGUGA